AUGCAGCCCACCACCAUCGACGCCCUUCCCGAUGCGGUGCUGGUGUCCAUCUUCGAGUGCAUUGAACUGGUCCACAGGCAUCGCGCCCUGCCCCUGGUGUGCCGGCGCUGGGCGCACCUGGCAAACGCUCCGGAGCUGCUGAGGGCCGUGAAAGUAGCGUGGAAAACCCACCGUUUGAGGGACGGCCACAUCCUGCAAUGGCUGCGGUCGCUGUGUGCAUGGCUUGUGUCGCGGGCCGCGGCACACGUGCAGCAUCUGGACCUGGCGCUCUGUGAUUUGUCGUGGACAGAGUGGUCUGAGGAGCAGCAGGCCGAAGCUGAGCAGGCGCUGGAAUCUGCGCUGGCCGCGUGCGGCAGCCUGGCAGAGCUGCGGCUCAUGACCAACCUGGUGCACAGCGCCGGCGCCUGGGUGGCGCCGCUGCACAGCCUGCGGCGCCUGCACCUCACUCUGAUGUCAGAAGCACGGGACACGCCCGUUUGGGCGCUGCACCACCUGACGGCGCUGGACCAGCUGGAGCUGCUGGGCGGCCGCAUCCGCCUGCAGCCCGGCGCCGGGCUGCCCAGCUCCCUGACUAGCCUGAGGCUGGGCGGCACCCGCCCUGGCGUGCUGACGCAGCAGGUGCACGCCCUCGCCAGCCUGCGCAGCCUCACGCUGUCUGGCUGCGCGCAUGAGGCAGACGCGUUGGAGGCCCUGGCGCGCCUGGCCAGCCUGCGGCGGCUAGAGGUCGUGCGUUGCCGCGUGCCCAGCUGCCUCCCCUGGCUCACCUCCCUGCGGGCGCUGAUCGUCAGGGACGACGGCGAAGACAUAGACUUUGAGGUGGAGGAGGAGGAUGUGGAGUAUGUGGAGGAGGCGCUGCCGUGCCUGGGCCAGCUGACCUUCCUGGAGCUGACCCAGGCGCCGCGGCCGCCAGAGGCGCUGCCCACGCUGCGCACGCUGCGCAGCCUGGGCCUGUCGUGGCGCAGCCGCGAGGACGCCGCGAUGCCCGCCGGCGCCUGGACGAAGGGCCUGCGGCGACUGGUGGCGCCGUGCGCCUGGAUCGCCGGCGGCGUGCAGGCGCUGCGGGCUCCCCACCUGUGCGUGCUCGGGGUCGCAUCCGCCGACCGUGACGACCACGACGGCAGGGGCUUGGCUCGCAUCAUGCACUGGGCAGUGCAGCUCCCCAGCCUGAAGGUCGUCGCCGUGGCAGGGCCAUCCCUGCCCAUGGGCGCGUGCGCGGCAAUCGUGGACGCCCAGCGCCUGUGCCCAGGGCUGCUGCUGCUGCCGUGCCGCCACAUGCCCCUGCCCAUGCUGCUCCCCAGUUACGACAGCGAUGGCGAGGAUGAGGAUGAGGAUGAGGACGUGUGA